AUGGCAGAGGCUGCUCCUUCUACAAGUCAAGAUGAGCCAUCGCUCACUCUAAAAGAGGUCGGUAGGAACUCAGGAACUGGCACACAGCGAGUUCAUUCAGUUGAGAAGCCUGUCACAGGUACCAAGAUGGCAAAAAGAGGCACCUUUUCUGGAGGAUCCUGUCCUGAUGGCGGGUGUUCCAGAGUAUUGAAAGUUGCUGCCUCCCUACAGCUGCCGUUUGAUAGAAGACAGCCUUUGAGGGGGACGGCGCAGGAGGUGGUUGUGACUGUGGGUCCGUGUCCCUGCCUAAGUCCACUGGUCACCUUUUUCCCUGGUUUUAUUUUGCAGGGUGAUUCUUCGUCCAGUGAAGCUAAUAUGGUGUUAGAUUAUAAACUCCUUAGAAAUGGUUUGCCUAGUGUUUUGCGAGGGAUUGAGCACAUGCAAAUUAUAGCUAAUCUUUUGGCCUGUGUUUUCCACUUCUGUGUCAUCCUUGAAAUUAGCACUUCUACCUACUCUGUCAUGUCAUGGAAGUUGAGAGACUGGCGGAAGAAGCCCACACACGUGACAGUGAACUGCUGGUUCUGCAAUCAGGACACGGUAGUGCCAUAUGGGAAUCGCAACUGCUGGGAUUGCCCCAACUGUGAGCAGUACAAUGGGUUCCAAGAGAAUGGAGACUACAACAAGCCCAUCCCUGCUCAGUACAUGGAACACCUUAACCAUGUUGUGUCGGGUGCUACGACCUUCUGUGAUCCUACCAAACCGCAACAGUGGGUGAGCAGCCAAAUUCUGCUUUGUAAGAAAUGCAACAAUCAUCAAACCAUGAAGAUCAAACAGCUGGCUUCAUUCUCACCAAGGGAGGAGGGCAAAUACGAUGAGGAGAUUGAGGUGUAUAAGCACCACCUGGAGCAGACCUACAAGCUGUGCCGUCCAUGCCAGGCUGCUGUGGAAUAUUACAUAAAACAUCAGAAUCGGCAGCUCCGGGCGCUGCUGCUCAGCCACCAUUUCAAACGGCGUGAGACAGACAAGGCCUAUACUCAGAAUUUAUGUUCAUCCUCUUCUUCUGCUUCCAUAACCACACCAGCUCAGGUGAUAUUUCUGCGGUUCUUGGCCUUCAUCAGCUGUGCAUUCCUGGUUCUGAUGGCCUUGUAUGGGUCAGGUGACCCCUUCUCACUCAGUGCAGCAGUCCCUGCUCCUGUCUCCUCUGCUCCAGCGUCCAUUCAAAACAGGACUGGCACAAGCUUACGUGCAGACUUGGAAAAUGACACUUCUGUGACCGUGUCAGGCUGGCAGGACCUGCUCCGCCUGCUCCCAGAACAGAUGGUGGAGAACCUGAGUGCUGCAUGGGCUUAUGGGAAGAAUCACCAGAUGGCAGUUGCUGUCCUUGGGCUGUUCACCUGCCUGUUGGCCAUGUUCUUAGCUGGGCGGAUCAGGCUCCGGAGAAUCGAUGCGUUUGCUUCAGUCUUGUGGUUCGUAGUGAUGAGUCUGCAUUUAGCUGAGAGGUACCUGAAGACGGAAACACCCAACUGGCUAGACACAGCCAAAUUUGGCACCACGUCCUUGUGCUGCUUGGUGGGCUUCACCGCAGCAGUGGCCACGCGGAAAUCAACGGGCCAUCGGAGAUACCGGCCCCGAAGGUACCUUUCUGGGGAUUCCAUUACUGUCUUUCCCAGCGGCACUGGGACUGGCUUCCCUUCCUCUGCUACGUCUCUCUUUGUCCCAACACCACCCAGUAUUCUCCAGCUGACAAACCAACAACUCUUCAGAUCCCCACGCAGAACUUCUUCUUCCUCUCUUCCUGGUCGUCUCAACAGGGCACUCUCGCUGGGUACCAUCCCCUCCCUGGCCAGAGCAGAUUCUGGCUACUUGUUCAGCGGAAGUCGACCAGCCUCGCAGUCAUCUCAGUCCAAGGAAUCUCCUACAUCAGAGCACUUCUCCCUGCUGUCAGGCAGCUGUGCUCCCUCCCGCAUCCCCUCUCCAGCACCGUCGGUGGCUGGCUCUGUGACUUCCAGCUCAGGUUCCUUGCGGUACCGCCGACCACUCAUCAGCCCUGCCCGCCUGAACCUGAAAGGACAGAAGCUGCUGCUUUUCCCUUCACAGAAUGAGGCUCUGCUCACUCCAACUAGCUCAGAGGAGCACACCCACUCAGACAGCAACAUCUUUGCCACCGAGCUGUCCUCCUUUCCAAAGAAGAACCUCAGUGAGCGCGGAAGGCACGAUAUGAGAUCUGCUAUGGAAGGAGGGAGUAUUUGCAGUGAUAAUUCCAUCAAAAAGGAGGAUCACUCAUCACACUCAUCUACCUGUGUGGUAGACACAACUACCAAAGGGGAAGAUUUGGCAGGCUGGAGAGGUCAUUUUGGUAACUCCGCUCUCCGAGGUCUGCUCGCCGUGAGUCUGACUGUCAAUGCUAUCUUCACAUCAGCCUAUGUCUACCGGAGCCUGCGCUGA